AUGACGAGGAGGAGGACGAGGCUCUUCCAGCGGCUGGGGCUGACAGAUAUGACACAGUACUUAAAACACAGCAUUAACAAAGUCAGGGCAGGCAUCGCAGAGGCCGACAUCCGCGUUUAUCACUUCGGCCCGGGGCCAACUCCAAACCACAACCCUCUCCGCCUCCGUGGCUCCACAACCCCCGCCUCCGCCCCUUCCCGCGGCGCCCCCCAGGCGCCGCCCCGGCAGUGCCCUCCGCACCGCCCUUCACUGCGCGCCAUCCGCCCUUCCCGGCCGGGCGCAGGCGCCGCAGCGGGCGGGGUGGAGGCGCUGCCGGAGCGGCCAAGCGGGUGCCGCCGCUGCUCCUGGCGCUCAACAGCGCUGCUGGCGCCCCGCCGGAGCGCGGCUUCCCCGCGGGGAGCAAGCCGCCCCGCAGGUAACGGCGGCGGGGGCGGGAUGGGACGGGACCGGACGGGAGGGGCAGGCCCGACCGACGAUCUAUCUCUGGUCAGCACGGAUCUCCUGAGGGGCGGCGGGACCGGCGGUGCCGCACCCCGUCCCGGAGCGCUCCGUGACCGAGCGCUGCCGGUGCGGCCGCCGGCCCGUGUCCUGCCGCCGCCCCUGCGGGCGGGGGAGUGCGAGCAGCCGGCGGCGGCGAGGGGAGCCGCGCCCCACUUUGCUGAGCGUCGUCCGCUGUUCCCCGGGGCGGUUGCCGUGCUGUCCCGCCGAGGAGCCCCGGCGCCGGCCGAGCCCGCUCUCGGUUCAGCCUUGCCGGAGAGUCCGUCUCGUAGCGCCCGCACCGGCUGUGGGAGCGCGGCACCGUCAGCCGUGCGGUGCUGGCAUCAGCCCUUGUUUCAGGUGUUCGGGCGUCUUGUUCCGCAAAGCCAGAGCAGGCUGCGCAUCGAACAGGCGUGCUCCACUGUGCUUUGUAACUUCACAUGUCCAGAGAGGCAGAGAAUUUCAGUGCGAAAGUGGGGAGCACGGGACUGGGGAGCGCAAAUAAGGCAUGGGGCUCGUGGCCUGGACCACGCGUGUGGGGGAACCUUUCGGCCAAGUGCUGGCGGGGAGAAGGGGUGGCUGGCCAGCGGAGAGCUGUUUGUGCAGAGAUGCGUGCCUUCACCAACAGAGAUUGUAGUAAGAUCUGAAAAUUUCAAAACUCUUUUGCAUUGGCAGUAUCCACCUGUGUCUGAAACUCCUCAUUUUAUUGUGGAAAUCAAGCCUUACAAUUUUGGUGACUAUAAGGACAUCUCAACUUGUGUGAACACUUCAGCUCAUUUUUGUGAUCUCUCAGGGGAAAUAUGUGAGCCUUAUUCGUCUCACUGGCUUCGACUUAAAGCUAUUAUUGGGUCACAACAGUCUGAAUAUGUUGAGACAAAUGAAUUUAUUUUGCAAAGGCAUGGAAAAAUAGGACCACCAAAACUGAAUCUCUCAAGGCAUGGUGAUAAAAUCGUGGUUGAUAUUUACCAUCUUUUAUUCCCUCAUUCUUGUAUUGAAGACAUUUUUUUAAAGCUUGAGUACCUGGUGGCUUUUCGGAAGAGUGAAAAUGAGAUUGAAGAGUUCUAUGCAGACAACUGUACAAUGGAUAAAUGUAGCCUCAACAUCACAGUUCCUGCUGAAGGUUUUACUUACUGUGUUUCAGCAAAGGGAAUUUUUGAAGAACUGAUGAUUGGCACCCCAUCAGAGGAAAGCUGCAUUCUUGUUCCUGUCGAGCAGACAUUGAGUGUACUAUGUAUCAUCAUUGUGUGUGUUAUUGGGAGCCUGAGCGUAAUCUUGAUGGUAUAUUGUGGCUGCAAGAGACUAAGGAAAAAGGACAUAAAGCUGCCUAAAUCUUUGGUCAGUGUGAUGAGAAACCUAAAUAAAGACACCUUACUUAUAAGGCCAAAAUCGGAGGGAAAGUAUAUAUCUGUAAUAAGCUUCAUGUCAGGCCAGUCAGCAUUGCCAGUGAAUGGUGAAGUAACCUUGCUGGAGAUAGAGCCAGAAGAAGAAACUGUUAGUCUUAAGAAUUCCGGCGAAGGAGAAUCUUCUGUUCCUACCCCAGAGGCACCAGCCAAAGCAGAAGAGGAGUCUGUGCAGGAAACCACAGAGGAGGUAUCUUUUGAUGCUGAUGAACAGAAUUACAAAGUAAAAGAGAGUUAUUUCAUUUCUGACAGUAGCCAAAUGGAUAUAUGCAGUAACUCUUCAGGUACAGAGGUUUCUCCCACAGAAACACAGCAAAAAGUCAUUCCAAGCAGCUGUUUCAAGUUUUCUGGCUAUGACAAACCUCAUGUUCCAUUAGAUAUGUUGAUGAUAGAUGUUGGUGAAGAACAGCCUGUGAAUACUUACAGGCCAACUGAGUAACCAGGAUAACCGAAGUGUUUAACCAGAGGUUUAACUCAGGAAAAACAGCAUUACUGAAGAUUAUGGAAAAUCUGGGUUAAAUUGUGAACAUCUGCAAGUUGUACUUCUUCUGAUCCAACCAAAGUAACCAGUACACAAGUGAAAGUAGUGCCUGAAAAUUGCAUAAAAAAUGUAGGGAAAUUUCAUAAUAACCACUUUUAGCAGUGUUUUUGUAUGAUAUAAUUUAGUAUUUCCUAUUUGAAAUAGUAUUCUGUGCUUUUUAACAAUACUCUACAGGAAACAUACCAUUAGUCGCUUCUGUUUCAGAUCCUUUUCAAAAUUAAGUCAAUGAACACAGUGCUUAAGAAGUCCUUUAUUUGAUUAUGAUAGAGAUGUGCAAGAAACAUUUGAGAGUUUUUGCCAUUAUUGGAGGUGCCCUCUUCUUUUUUUAUUAAAUUGUCUUCUUUUUUUAUUAAAUUAAAUGCUAAUAUUUCUUUUAAGGACAAGUAUGAUUAUAAGCUCUUUCUGCAUAAUUUAAGAAUUUGAUUCCAUGUUAAAGAAGUAGGGAGUAAUGGCCAUAAACUAAAAAUACACAAAGUUGCACCUCAGCAUGGGGAAGAACUUCCUUACACUGAGGGUGGCAGAGCACUGGAGCAAACUGCCCAGGAAGGUCGUGGAGUCUCCCUCUCUGGAGACAUUCAAAACCCACCUGGACGUGUUCUGUGUCACCUGCUCUAGGUGACCCUGCCUUGGCAGGGGGGGUUGGUCUGGAUGAUCUCCAGAGGUACCUUCCAACCGGAUUUCGUGACUAUGGGAAAGAACGAGUUACUUUGUAGCUUAAGUCCUGUGAUUAAAAAAAACCUACCUGUUUUUAAAACUGCUGUUAUUUGAGUAUGGCUACAUCCAUUUGGAUCACCUAAAUACAUUGCGUAACCAUGUCACAUUCUGGAUACUUCUGGAAUGUAUUAGCAUGCUGGCUGAUCAUUAUUGGAAAAAAAUAUCUAAUCAGUAGUUGCACAAAUUCUUCAGAAAAUGUUUUCAAAAUUCAAAAGCCUGUUUCUUCUGGGGCAUAUUUAUCAUGAUUCUUAGAACAAUAUAAUCCUUAAAUAGAAAUCAAUAGGACUUCUUCCAAACAUGUUUUCUAGUAGGUUGAAAAUUAUUACCAUGUUUCCCCUUUUUAUGAUGUAACUCAGGAACUACACAAAAUCACCUCCCUCUAAAGACAACAGAAAAAUAAUGUGUUAAGUUGUAGUUCAUAAGCUAUUGUCAUCUGACAGCCUUCUGAAUUCUGUAGUGUAGAGAUUGUAGUUUUGAAAACUGAGGGAUAAGGAUCUUAUCUUUUUAUAUUUUUUUAAUAAUUAAAAUCCAUGCAAUCCAUUUAUUUACCCUUAGUCAAGAUUUGAUAGGUAUUUUCUUUUUGUAGGAUAUGUUUACAGUAAUUAUUAAUGGAGCUUAGUUCAGAACAAAAGGAUGCUUUACAGAUACAAGUUAGUCCAUUUGUACAAAAUUGUAUCUUUGUUUUAAAAGAUAUUUUUAUAGGUUUAUCAGAAGUGUUAACAUGUUAGAGCAGAUGGUUUUGAAGGAAAACCAGUGUCGUAGUACUUCUGUCCUUAUAUUUCUCAGUGAUAUGAGUAUUCUUAAGAUGAAGUUAGCCUACACAGCAGUUUCUGGGCUUCUUCCUUUCCUGCAUAUAUCAGAUAUUGACCACAAUGGUACAAAAGAUUUAAAGACAAUAGCUAUUUUUCACAUCACUACCCACAGGAAGGUAACAGAUUGCUUAGCAGGAUUUUGAUAAUUAUAGGAAAAGCCAAAUCAAGCAUGUGAAUUUUGUAGUUAUGCUGUAAUGGAAAACCCGACUCAAAAGACUUCAGUAUUUGUUAGCUGGCUGUGAUUUGUUUCUGCAUUAUAUUCAAACAUAGUGAGACUGCCUUGCAGCUUUUUCAAUGUCAUGUUCUGGGUUGAGUUCCUAGAAGGCAAUGCUCAGUGACUUACUGCUUGGGAUCCAUUAAUGUGUAGGUAUCUCCAUGGCAGAAGUGCAGAAAACAACUCUCUUGGUAUUACAAGAAGGCUUUUUAAAAAUCAGCAUUAAUUUGCAUUUGAAACUACAACUGAACUGACCUUUCAGUUAAUUAUGUGGUUUGUAUCUGAAGCUUCUAGCUGUCUAUCUGCUAACGAGAUAGGCAGCUGCGUCUUGUGCGGAGCUUGGAGUUGAUGUAAUUUCUUUCUGGGUUUGGAGGUUUGUUGAUAAAUAUGAACUGUAAUAAAUACCUCAGGACUUUAUAAAUGUCAGAUAACUGUUUAAGUUAAACUUCGCUCAGAAGGGAUAUAUAGAAACUGUGAAGUUACCUUGGUUUUGGGAAGAAGUUUCUGAUCAGACAGUUUGCUGAGUAUCUUCUUUGCAACUGCUCAGAGUAUUAUAUCUACUUGCAAUUAGUAGUUUGUUUUCUUUCUGUCAGUCUUGCCCCCCCAAAAAUAUAUUGAUGUUCUCCAAGAAGGGCGGGAAUUAGCUGUAGUUCCAUUUGAUAUAUCUGCCUCAAAGCCAAGAUCCUGUCAGAAGCAUGUAAUUUCUUGGAAAAUUAAAUUUACAUUCUUAGCAGUGCAUGUGGAAACCCUGGUGCUGCUAGGAGCUAAGACUCAGCAUCUUAGAUUUGUGUAAACAUAAGAGAUCACUAGGUGUUUUACAUUCUGGAAGGUUCUCCUUUGCUGCCACACUGGAAGAGGAAUGCAGAUAGAUGCAUUUUAAAACCAAGUGACUGUCUCAGAUUCUUUUCUCUUCCUCCUGCAAUACAACUACAUUGUACAUUGUUCCCAGUCUUUCAAGUCAUAUGUAGUCAUGUGUAAGUAAAACGACCCAGCCAGGAGCUAGGACGUAAUUAGAAACAACAGUGUUAAGAUCAAUGAGAUGAAUAAGAAAUGACACAGAAAUAAAUCAUAAACAUACGGGAAAAAUUUGGCAUGGCAGAUAGUCACGUGUAAUGGAAAGGCACUGUUAUUUUGUAAGCUGAAAAUCAAGGACAGUAACAUGAGUGCUUUUUACUGUACCACAUAUAUAUAUCUAUACACAUAUGCACACAACUGACAUUCUCUUGUAAUAUCACAAGGUUAAAUGUAUUUUUUAAUGAAAAUUCGUGAACGCUAAUUACAAAAGCCCCUGAAUUAGCACCAUCCCUGCAGAUCUGUCUUCUAUGUACUGUGUACUUAACAAGUAGCCAAUAGCACAAGAAUAGUUUAGAUGUUUAAAUUGUUCAGGCCAGCUUACAGGUUUUAUAAUUGUGAAAUAAAGUUCAAGAGUGCACAGAGCAUGGGAUUCUUUUAUUAGCUGUGAGUACCUGAAAAUGUGAGGCCACAGUGGGACAAGGAUGUCUUUCCAGGUCAUUAAGCUCUCUUUCUCCCAGUCUUGUUUUCAGCAGUUGGCAGUAGUGGUACUGAGAGCCUAAAAACAGGGCAAGUGCCUCAUAGUAUCUCUGUUAGAAUACAAUCCAGCAGCUUGCGGGGUGAGGACUUCUUGGGACAAGGAAAUUGGAAUGUCUUUCUAGCUACAGCUAGUUAGCUUUGCUUUUGCAGUUCUGUAUUACCAAGUACCUGAGCAAUGUACGUGUAGUUGGGAAGCUGUCAGGGAGUAUUUAUCUGUGCAUUUUCACCUAAUUAAGUUAGUUUAUUUUAAUAAAUUAAUAUUAUUGUGAUGAAGAGGGGAGCUUCUGGGUAUUUGUGCAGAGCACCUUGACAUAGGAUAUGAAAGUGCCUAACAUUUACACAUUCAAAAUAACUUAAUAUUCAUGCCUUUUACAGACCUAUCAGCUAUUCAGUAUGACACACUUAGAAAGUUUCACUACUUCAGACUUUUUCAGGUGAUUUUUACUCUUGUCCUGACUGCUCAGCAUUCCUCCCUUCCUCUCUCCUAAAGGCGAUUUGGGAAACGAUGUAAUAUAGGACUCCAAAAUAUCAUAUCCUGUGUAAAAGAAAUUGCAUCACAAAAAUUUGGCCUAAUGCUUGACAGCAUUUCUAAGAACUUCUUCAGUGCUUGUUCUUGAGUGGGCAUUGUAAUUUUUUAUCAUUAGAUCUACAAUUAACAGUGAAGUAAUGUGGCAGUACUGCGUGCUGGCACAGAAGCAUCAAAUCUUCUGCUUUUGUAUGGUUUUCCACCUGAAUCAGCAAUGUAGUUUAAAAAAAAUAAUUCUUGUCAAAUCUACUGACAUCUGUGGAAACAAGACACUAUGGAGGGUCCUGGUUGCCUAGAAGAGACAUGCAUAUUUGUAUGUAAUGCUUCAUUAGAAGAUUGCAGGAAAAGAAAAUUGCGUGAGAAGACCUGUUUUUCUCAGGGAUAGGAGUAACCAGUUGCUCUGAAGUGAUACCAUCUAAACAGUUGAGUAUUAAUAAGUAAAAGAUGUUGUACUUGAUUCAAAUUAAUAGUUUCAGCGUGCCUAAAAAAAACCCAAAAACCCAAAAAGCAAAAACAUGCAACCAAAACAACAAACCAAAUACAAAGCACCUUUCAUCUCAUGAAAUAAAUGACUUGCAUAGAUUUCUUCAGUGUUCUUUUUAUAAUUUAGUCCUCUAACUAUGAAGUCCUUGUUUAUUAAUACUCUAUGUUGUCUAAAUGGAUGCAACCAUUGGGCUGAAGUGUGUAAUUGAAAUGUUGUAAAUACUGUACAUUUGAAAUGUUUUUAUAUGAAAAUAUAAUCUCAGAAGAAGAA